AUGCGCCGAUGCACUUCUAAGUACCUUCCUUUUUCGCCUCUGAAAACAGUUGGUGAGUUGACUGGUCGUUGGGCGGGCUUUUGGUUUUCUCUCCGGCAAAAAGAUAUCUCUCUUCGAAUAAGAGUUGUAGCAGCGAAUGUUUGGAUGCGCUCGCAUGCAAGAGAUAAGAUUGUCAUUCUUUUUUAUCAUUCCAUUUCUGUUAAAAUCCACAAUAUCUAUCUAUUCAUCUAUGUAUGUAUCUAUCUAUCUAUGUAUGUAUGUAUCUAUCUAUCUAUCUAUCUGAUUUCAGGGUCAUACAAUCUAUGUCCGUUCUUCAUAAAGUAUCCUGAUGCAACUUCAGACUUUCUCUUUAUCUGUUCGCUUUCACCGUUCAUAAACUCAUUCUUUGCUCCUUUUCGUUCACUAUUUUGUCAUCAUAUUCCUUUCUUUGAUUCCAUCUUUGUAUUUAAUCCAGUUAUUCUUCUAUCUGUUUCCGUCUAUUUUUUUUCUUUAAUUCCUUUCUCUACUCCAUUUCUUUUAUGUCACAAUUAUUCUUCUUUUUAUCGCUUCUUUCUAUUUAUUCCUUACGGUCUCCACAAUGAUCAUUUUUCAUCCUGCAAAACCAUCGACUCUUUACAAUCUCUUUAA